AUGGGCUGCGAGAACAUGGACUGUAUGCCUCAGGUCGAGACAGGGCUCCCUCCGCCACCUAAGGUAAAGGCAGAGCAGGAUACAGAGACGGAGACAGAGACGAAGCCAGAGUCUGAUGGAGAAGAUGCCGAAGUAGAGACGUAUCCGGAGGGCGGCCUCAAGGCAUGGCUUAACCUCCUGGGAGCAUUCUGUGCCAUGGCCUGCACUUUCGGCUGGAUUAGUACGUUCGGCGUCUUCGAGGCAUACUACCACACCCAUCUGCUGAAGGAAAACACCCAUUCCCAGAUUGCGUGGAUAGGCGGACUGCAGGCCUUCUUCAUAUGCACUACCGGGUUGAUAUCAGGCCCUUUGGUCGAUAGGUAUGGCCUCAAACCUAUACUGGUCCCGUUCUCACUGCUAGCUCUGAUCUCAGUGAUGGUGACCUCUAUCUGCAAGGAGUACUAUCAGUUCAUCCUCACCCAGGGCGUGCUAGGUGGCUUUAGUGUCGGCAUGCUCUACACUCCGUCCAUCUCCAUCAUGGGCCACUACUUCCACCGGCGUCGUGAUCUGGCCAUCGCCGCCGCCUCUGCUGGCUCCCCCCUGGGCGGUGUCAUCUUCCCUAUCUCCCUGCUUCAGAUGUUAGAGCAUUCUCGUAUCGGCUUUGGCUGGGCCGUGCGGGGUGUGGGUGUUAUAUUUCUUUUCUUCCUGUGCAUUGCCUGCGCGACACUAACGCCUCGAGUGUCUCCGCGGAGAGGACCGCAUUUCCUAUCCGCUGCGUUCAGGGACCAGGUCUACGUGUCUCAGCUGGUCGGCUACUGUUUGAUCUUCUGGGGCAUAUACACGCCUUUCUUCUUCCUGCCGUCAUUCGCCAUCCGGCAAGGCGUCAGCGUCGACUGGGCAUUUUAUAUCCUUCCGAUAUACAACACUGCCUCUGCCGUGCUCAUGUUCAGCUGGCUGGCAGCAACCUCGCUGACGGGCAUCAUCGUCUUUGCCGUCCUGUUCGGCUUCUCUUCCGGCGCCAUCAUCGGCCUGUUCCCUGCCGCCGUGGCCGUGACUGCUCCCCGAGCGAACCAGAUAGGAACAUACCUGGGCAUGACGAUGGGUGUUCUCGGGCUGUUCUGUCUGACCAGCUCGCCGAUGAUGGGCGCCAUCUUGACGAUGUCUGGAGGCCGAUAUAACGAAGCAAUCAUCUUCAGCGCCGUUCUCAUCGCCGUAGGAGGCGGAUUGAUUGUCUUUGCUAGGGUCAAGCACUCAGGCUGGAAACUGGUUGCUUAG